AUGGCACAAGAAACCCGUAGCAAACUCACCACCUGGUUCCCCCAGGCUCAACAUCCCAUCAUCAUCAGCGCCCCGAUGCUGGGAACUUCCAACGGCACCCUCGCAGCAGAAGUCUCUAAAGCAGGGGGCAUCGGAAUCAUCCCCGGCGGCUUCAACUUCCUCCCGGAUUCCCACCAACUCCCCGCCCUCGCCAAAGAACUAACCACCGCCCGCACCCUCCUCAACCUCCCACCCCCCUCCCCGGAGUCACCCACCUCCACCCUCCCCCUCAGCGUCGGCGUCGGCUUCAUCCUCUGCCACGCCUCCUUCGCCCCCCACUUCCUAACCACCGCCCUCCCCCUCCUCCGCACCCACCGGCCCACCGCCAUCUGGCUGUUCGCCCCGCUCCCCGCCGACAUCGCCUCAGGCGCCGUGCGCCGUGUCGUGGCGGCGCUGCGCGCCGAGGGGUUUGUGGUGUUCUUCCAGGUCGGCACGGUGGCGGCGGCGCGCCAGGCGGUUGAGGAUGGGGCGGAUGUGCUGGUGGUGCAGGGGGCGGAUGCGGGGGGGCAUCAGUUUGUUGGGGGGGCCGGGGUGGUGAGUUUGGUGCCGGAGGUGGGGGAUUUGGUGGCGGGGGAGUUUGGGGGGAGGGGGGUUGGGAUUGUGGCUGCGGGGGGGGUGGUGGAUGGGAGGGGGGUUGCGGCGGCGUUGGCGCUGGGGGCUGAGGCGGUGGUGAUGGGUACGAGGUUCGUCGCUGCCGAAGAGGCAUGGACGCCCGAGUUCCGCAAGAAGCUCAUCCUUGAGACGACUGACGGCGGGCCGUCGACGGUUAAGACACCGGUCCUCGACGACAUCCAGAGCACAGCGAUCUGGCCCGACGUCUACGAUGGCAGAGGCCUGAUCGGAAAAUCCUGGCAGGACCAUGUGGCCGGCAUGCCGCUGGAGGAGAACAUACGGCUGUUUAAGGAGGCGGACGGCGCCGGAGAUACAUCUCGGAAGAUCACCUGGGUGGGCACCGGAGUUGGUUUGGUCAGAGAGAUUCGGCCCGCGGGAGAGAUCGUGAAGGAGGCGAGGGAAAACGCCUUGAGGAGGAUCCAAAGACUACAGGCUGCGAUCUAA